AUGUUAACGACCAUCCCUCCUCGUCCCGUCUCGGUCAAUUCAUUGGCGAGCCCUCUUUCCUCUUCCUUAUCAUAUCAGAAGACUGGUCGAAGCACUAGUGCGGAGAUCCAGAUCCACGAUGACUCCGCUGCUCCGACCUCGGCCCCUGCGUCUGCAGACUGCCAGUCCCCCGUGGAUACCGAGAUGAACGAUAACGAUACGCAUACCCGCUUGGACGACCCUCCAUCUUAUCGGUCUGAGGCUUGUUUUGACAACCUUCCCAUUGAAAUACAUGAGGCGAUUCUCGAUUGUUUAUUUGGUGAACGGGCGCCAGCAUCAGCAACAGUAACCCAUGGAAAAUCUGCUGCGCGCAGCUGGACAAAAGCCCUGCGACAUCCUCGACGGAAGGUCUUAUCUAAUCUUUCUCUGAUAUCGCCGGUUUGGAGGCCUCUUGUCCAGGCUCGUAUCUACAGGCAUAUCAAAGUCAAGGGUACCAAUAGUGGGUUGACCGACUGUGCAAGUUGGUUCGAAAACAACCCUCAUCUCGCCGCGCAUGUCCGUCAUAUCGAGGUAUGGGUUCCGGUUUGGGGGAAUCGGGUACCGAAACAUAGCUCAGUUCAUCCACCCGCUCGCCGGCACCACCACCACCACCACCACCAUCAUCAUCACCAUCAUCAGCACCAUAACAAUAAUGACGAGGGCUUGGAGGGUGUCGCGGCUCUUCUCCAGGCGACAAUGGCCUGGGAAGAUGACUCCGAUUCCUACCCGAUGAACCAUUGCAAUUUCUAUGGCGCCAGUCAAAACGCUUCACUGGAGGAUAUCUUUCUCCACGUCCAAACUCACUUCCCCGAGGCGCGUAUGUUAACACUCGAAGGAGGCCAUUGCAAAAAGCCACCGUUAAUUCGACAUUUCAAUAACGACCCCUACGGUUGGUCGAAUACUCAGUCUCUUGCCGUCCUCCCGAACAUACAGACUUUCGUUAUGCGUGGUGCCUGGAAUAUUAUGCGGGAUUAUCAGCACUGGAAAAAUAUGGCCGAAGCUCUGCCAUCAAUCCGGGAAUGGGACUGCGCAUACGCGAAGCCUAAGAUUGAAGCCUACGAGACGAUUGCUGGGAUUCUGAUUCAGCUGCCUACGACGCUUGCGCAUGCGAAUAUUAGCCUGGAUGGUUUUUACAACAAAGGCCAUGUGCAUAACCUCUGGCCCGGUGAUGAAAUGAACCCGCCACAUCUCUGCAAUUUGCUCGGCGAAGUUGCUCCCCGGCUCGAGUCUCUCACAUUUACCGGCAAGAUCUGCCACUGCUUUUUCCACGGCAUGGCAAACUUUGCGAAUCGUGCUUCCAUGUCCAGGCUCAAGUCCCUGGAUCUGGUAGUCAAGUCUUGCUGUCGAGACCGGCGAUUACAACCUGCGUUUCCCUUCUUUGAUGAGGUAUCUGGUAUCACAAACAUUAACUUCGUCCGUUCCUUUGAGAAACUUGUCGCUGCUGGUGCCAGCUCUCUCGGUGCGCAUCGAUCUCUGGAAUACGUCCGUAUCCGUUUCAUCGAUUUGGACUCCGCCUGUCCACUUCUUAACCCUUACUUUCAACUAGUCAACAACCAAUGCACUGGUAUCUGGAGCGAUCGCAUCCUAGAAAAUCUUGCAGAAAGUCGUCCACAAGCCCGUUAUAUUGAGCUUACAGAGGGCAUUUACCCGCAAUACGGACCUAACCACCAAAUUGUUGGAGCAGUGUUUCCACGGGCCAGACCGUCUGCGAUUUAUGCUGCCAACUAUCGAAUUAUAGCCGAUGCAACUAAAUUUUAG